ACAGAAGCUGUAAUCUCCCCAGAAAGGCAAACUCUGUUGGGCUGGUAGCAGUGUAAGCACUACAUCUCGCGUUGACACCAAAGAACGCGAGAGUGCUGUCUGCAAAGUUAUAACCAUAAAAAGCACAGCAGAAGCCAAAACAGCAGCAAUGGCCGCUUUCCGCAGAGUGGCAUCGCUGGUUGGUAAGCUGAAUCCCUGGUCGGCGGCGGGAAAUGAGCUUGUCGGUGGUCUGUCGGCCGGUGGAGGAAGGGCACGGCGGUGUUUUGCAGCCGGUUUGUGUCUUGCAACGGGAGGUGCGAUGGCACUUUACUUCUACAACGAUAUGACGAGCGCCAGAGGCAGAAGGAGGAUGAGGAUUCACAGCAUCAGUGGUUUAUUACCGUCCAUCCCGACCGUGGAGGCAAAGGAUAAGGUGGGAGGAUAAGAUAAACAGUAGCUGUGUUUUAUAGUGGUGACACGGAGGAUUUCAUGACACGUAGCGAUUUGGUGGGUCGUUGGCUGAAAAAAAAGUGUCCUCAGUGUUGACACAGGGGCCUCGGUGUGAAAACAGAAGAAACAGCAGAAGGCAGCUAAGGGAGAUGCCAUUGCUAAGAAUUUUCACGUCUUUUUCCUCCAGAAAAACGCCCAACCCACAAAAGCACAGUGUUUGGCUCGCGGUCUAUAUGCUUCAAAUGUGCGGUGGAUAAACUGUGUCAUUCACUCCCAGCAUGCUCAGUGGAAAGUGUUCGCUCACAGUUUGGCUUCACUGCAGGACGGUGUGCGCGCGCAGGCGCAGGAAUGUCGCUCUCCGCUUGAGCUGGUGCUGAAAUGACAGUCAUUGAGACAGCUGUGUACCCACAGCAGCCCACAGUCACUGCAGCCAUGGCUUGAGUGACAGUAUAUUUCUGAUCAAAGACUUAAAGGCCAUGUAAAAUGGGGAAGUGAUGUGUGUUCUGAGAAUGUCACACCACAGAAAAACGUUACCAACCACCCAGGCAAAUUUGAAUCAUUAAAAAAUCGCCCUGCAUGUAAAUAUAAAUACGUAGAAUGUAAAAAUGUGUAGAAAAUCUUCAGGUAUAACUUGUGUCAAAAACCUUAUAGUUGAAUAGGCACACAUAAUGUUUGUGGCAGUUAAAGAGAAUACAGUGGCUUGAUAAAAGCUAUUCCCACCAACAGGUUAAAUGAAUUGGUUUAAUUUUUUAGUGCAUGCUUAAUUCAACUCAAUUGUUUUGCUUUUUACAACAGUUUUAAGUCCUUAUUCACAAUCUAAAGCAAUUGUUACCAAUGCUUUGAUUUGGGAAUUAAAUGAAUGAUUGUAUUGACUUUUAGAUGCAUCAGUAAAAUAAAUGCUUAAUUGAUACACCAGGGAGGCCUAAGACCAUGAAUAAAAGCCAAAUGCACAAUUUUAACUGUGUUUUGGGGGAAAGGUAUGUGCUAUGUUAAAACUAUAAGUUAUAUGUUGAGAAAUAAUGUUGAGUUUGAAUAUAUUUCAGAGGUACCCUAGACCCCUGCUGAAAUCCAGUAUAGUCUUGAAUGUAUUGUGCAAUAUACACCCAUAAUAAAUUUGAAAUAUUUGAAACUCUGAUGAGCUAUCAACCUCCUUUAGCUUAAUAAGCUCCCAAGAUGAGUGACCUGUUCAAGCAUUAGCCAUUUUUAUAAGAUAAAGAGUGCAAGAGAUGUGUGCAGGGUCCAAAAUUAUUCUUUUUAAUCUCUGGUAAGUAGAUGAAAAAAAAAUCUCUGUCCAACCAUAUAGUUUUUUGUUGUGUAACAUGCACAGUUGUUGCAGUGCAUUUCUUAAAAUAAUGACAUGCAUACUAAAAGAGAACUUGUGAAGCUAUCAGUGCAUUUUUUUGUGUCAGCCAGCACCUCCUGGAACUCCGGUGUGCAGUGAGAAUUGUAACACCAAAUUUAGGUUAUACUUAACAUUUUUUGAUUACACGACUAUUUUGGUACAAACAUUUGACAGCCAAGUGGCACGAGUGGCUAAGUGGCCUAGCGGCACAUAGCCCUCUGAAAUUUACAGUCAAAAAGAAACGUUUGCCACCAUUUGGUGCCUGGCAAGUGUUAAUUUUGGACCCUUGAUGUACAGCUCCAGAGGUAGUUAAGAUUUAGCACUUCUUUUGUGAGGCACAAACUCUAGAAAAAUCCCCACUCUUGAGUGAGUCAUAUAUUCUGGUAUACUCGGAGAUGUGUGGGCAAAGCUUUGGGCUUACACUAAAAUAGUUUCAGGUACUUGGUCUAAAUACUUGCUUCCUUAUACUUACUUUCACAUGUACCCUGUUUUGGACAAAAGCAUCUGCCCAAGAAAAGUGACACAUUUUUAACAACACAAAAUUUGCAGGAAUAAGAGGAGGACGAUGUGUAAUGGGAGAGGAAAAAAAGCAUAUCUUGUAAGGUUGAUUUGAUUUGAUUUGAAAGCCAGUAACUUUGGUAAAUACAAAACACAAAUAGAAGACAACAGAGCGCUCAAAACUAUUUUCUGUUUUUACUUGGAGUGCAUCCACAGAGUCCAGUCUUUUCUUGUCAAAAUGAAGAAAGAUGGAACACCAUUAUGAUGUGCAAUGCUUAUUAAAUAUGUAUCUGGGACAUGGGAAAAACACCUGUUCUUUUCCAGGCUAACUGAUAACAGGUGUAUUAAAGGGACUAAACCAUGUGGUUAAAGAAUCAUGUCAAUGAUGUUACUGAAAUGUUGGCUAUCAAGAACUGUGUUUUAGGGAUGUUAGGACAAAAGAAGCAUUUUAAGCCAAAUUGAAGCAUUAAAAACCAAAGGAAGAUCAAUAGGCAUCCAACUUUUACUGCAGGAUAACCCCACUGGGGAAAAGAAAAAAAAAACAGCCAUCUGUUUCUCCCUUUGUGUUUCCAGAAGAAAUUUGACGUAACUGUGAGAGCUCACAUGAAGAGAGAAAAAAUACGCUGGGAACCAAAAGUUUCACCUGAAAAGAAAGCAGUAAUUCAAAAACAUUCUCUUUAUUAUAUUCCAAUCUUAACUUAUCAUGGUGGGUUUCACUUUCCAUGUUAUUGAUGGGGUAAAGGCAUUCAGUCCUGUUUUUCAUACUCCUAGCGCAAAAUGGAAAGGUUCACAUCUAAGUGAGUUUGACUGUGACCUCAGAAAGAAUUCUUACUCAGAAAAUCAAGGAGAUACACUGAAAAUGGUGACUCCACCCUGAAAUUUUUUGAAAAUUAGUAGUUAGGUGAGGGAGAUUAAAAGAAAAAAUAGUUUUGAUUAGGGCUGCAGGAUAUGAGAUUUUUGAUUUUAUAUCCCGAUACGAUAUACAUCACAAUAUAGUACAUUUUUUGUAAAUUCAAUUGAUGCAUAGUUUAUAUAAAAUUGCCACGUAGAAAUGUAGUUUAAAUUAUAUAUUCAACAAGUUACGUUACUAAACAAGACUUCUUUUAUUUAGAACCCUCUGAAAAACAUUGAAAACACUUUUCAAUAAUUCAACAUUUUUCAACAAUUCACCUUUAAAUCCGCCAGCGGCGAGGCGUAUUACAAUUUUCGUGAAGUAGUCAAAGAGAUCAAGAGAUGUCUGAAGACAGCAAUGCCACUCGAUGGCGACAGAAGGCAGCCCCUCAACAAGUGUCGCUGUAAGCGCUGCUGAGGCUGUCCUUCACACUCUCUCAUAUAAGCACAUAUGGAUUUGGUGUGUGUAAUGUUGGACCCACUGGUAAGACAAACACCCUUUUACACAAAUAAAGACACUCACAUAAAGUUGCACAUAUUCAAACCUCACGUGACAGAGGUGGGUUGUGCCCACAGAUCACAACAUAAAUUCCAAUAAUGUUAAUUCGGUCAGGUGGAGUGUCCAAACGCGUGCCAAACUCGCUCAUCAGAUCAGAUAUAGAUCAGAGUAUAUAUGUAUGUGCUGACUCAGAAUAAAACUACAGCGGUCUGCUCCGUGUCGCUCCUUUUAAAACCAAACCACGACCACACAACUGACGUUGCCCCCCGUUUCGGCAGCAGCUCCUCCGUCUGCGUUGGCUCGUCUGCGUUGGCUCGUCUGCGUUUGAUGCACGAGAAUUGUCAUCUCUUUCGCCACAAUAACCCGGCUCCUCCAUGCUUGUUUGUGUUUUUCACAGUGGCAGUAGCGCGUGCGGGCAUGAUAUAUAUGGAGCGUCACGACGUAAAACACUGCCGUAAAGCGUGUUUUUGCGACACCGCGAUAGAAACGAUAGAGCUCAUGUAUCCCGAUAGAAAUUUUCUAUCGUUUAGAUGAAACAUAUCGUUAUAUCAUGAAGCCUUAGUUUUGAUCCCAAGGUUCGACAGGUGGUUAAAGCUGAUGGUAUCUUAUUUAGGUAGAAGAUUUGACUUUAUUUUAACUGAACUGAAAAAAAGAAGAAAAAAAUGAAUUUUCCAUCGAAGAGGGGUACAUGGAAAAGGUGUGACAUCCAAGGAAGUUGAGUAGAUGGAGUAGAAACUGUAAAAGUGAAUGAACUCUGUGCAGCCUGAGCGAAACACCUGCCAUGUAGCCUUAAGGGGACCGGAGCAUGGCUGUGACUACACUGCAUCACAACCACACAGGAACACAGUGUACCACCGCAGUAGUUUUCAAUCACAUCUUUUUUAAAAAAGAAAGCUUACAUGACUUCAUAGAUCACGUCGUGCAGCACGCCUGUGCAUCAAGCUGCCUUAUCAGAACUUUUUAAACUUCUUUCAUUAGUGUGAGUUGAAGCCAUGGGCGUCUUUGCUCUUAGACUUGAUUACAGUGCAUUCCUAUGAAGCUGAGUGCUCAUCUCCUAUUCAUGCCUUUGAAAAGCCCCCUCGGUGAAGGCAGCAUCAAAGCUUUAUGAAUGAAUCUGUGGGCUCAUUAGGUUAUGUUAGCUGAGCUGAGUGUGAAUCUCGGUGCACUGGGGCCUGCAGCCAAACAGGUUUAAAUUUGGAAACCUCUCCACUAAUUGCACAGCUUCAUCCAGCACAGUCUGUUGGCUUAGCAGGUCUCCUACACUGCAGCUAAUCAAGUUGAAGCCAUAGCUCCUCAAAGAAGCAGAGCGAGAAUGAGAGAAAGAGAAAGAGGAAGAGAGAGAGAGAGACAGAGAGAGAGAGAGAGAGAUGCUAAUUAGGUAAAAAGUAGUGACAAAGUACUUGCGCAUGUUCGUAUGUGCCCCUGCUCUCCUAUUAUUAUACUGUGCCAGAGGUGCUUAUAAUCUGAGAGAGCUAAAAAGAGAACUGAUGCCAAGAAUACAUGGGUUCCCUUAUUAUAGGGGCUCAAAAGAAGUGAAGAGGCAAUUCCAGUUGAGACUCUGUAUGAGAGGCAAGAGUUUUUUUUUGCAUAGAGAGAAAAACAGAAAGAUCUUACAGAGUCACAUUCAAAGUAUAAUCACUUUGGUAAAUUAACUUCUGCCACCGUUCUCAUUCUCAUUCUCAUUCUCAUAGUACUGCAACUAGUUGAAACAGCUAUUCUCUUUCUUAUUAAGCCGUUGAUCAUGUUUGUGAUUAAAGGUAUAGGUAGGCCUGUCACGAUAACAAAUUUUGCUGGACGAUAAUUGUGCUACAAAUUAUUGCCGAUAAACGAUAUUAUUGACACCGUUUUUUAAAUUAUAGAUAAUGAUAUCAAAUGGCAUAAUAAUGCGAGUACACCGUGUCAAAAGUGAUAAACUUUAAUUUUACCCACGACGAAGACGUAACGUUGACGAGCUAAACAUAAGUCGGAGAUGACUAAAAUGUGACGAGACGAAAGUGCGUUUACGUUGAUGGGACGAGACGAAAAUGACGAACAGAGUUGCAAAACUCAGUCAGUUAAGCGCUAAACAUAUAGGAGCAGCUCCAGUCCGCUCUGACAGCUCUCAUCAGCCUGCUGUGCUCCUCCAACACACAGACACACACGAGCGCGCGCGCACACACGUGGAGUUUUGUGGUUGACGAAAACAAAACUGGUUUAAAGCCGAAAUAUUCCCACACUUGGGCUGUUGCGUUCGGUUUAGACACCAAAGCUGUCGUGUUCACUCUGUUUGCUUGCUUUUCACUCACGACGCUCACUUGCAGCACUGUAUCCAAAAGUCUGUCUGUGUGCCUGUGCGCGCCUACGUGUACCUGUGCGCGCGCCCCCCCGUGACAAAGAUACUGAAUGACUGACAGGAGGGUUCACUGACUCCGUUCAUUCCGCUAUAGAGCCAACGCCCCCAGGUGCCGAGAAAAAUGCGCAGAGUGAGACCUCUUCUCUCAUCCAGCCUGUUUGGUAGCGAGAGAGGAGGAAAACAAACGCACGUCAAUUAUCGAGGCUGGCAAAAUGACCGACCUCGUUUUUAUUUACCGAGCGAUAAGGCGAUUUAUUGAUUAUCGCGACAGGCCUAGGUAUAGGGCCUGAUCUACUAAAAGUUUGUGUGUGCAAAAAACAUAGACUGUAUAUAGAAUGGACGCCAUCUGCCUCCUCGCUGGGUGAAGCCUCUGCGAGAACAGCACCCUCUGGUGACAGGCUGCAGUACAGUUCAUAAAUCCACCUCCAGCAAUCCCUAUGAAGUUGUGGACAAACUUUACAAAUUAUUUACACAGAAUAUACAGUUUUCUCCUCCCUGCUUGUGAUGUUGACAUGUAGUUAUUGUAAGACUAGUUUGUGCUCAAGUUCCCUUUUUCCUGAGCAGCUCCGUUUUUAAAAGUUAUUAGGGGGUUCAUGCUUUCUUUGAUUGACACUUGAUACAGCCUAUGGUAGGCCUGGACGAUAUAGAAAAAAAGCAUAUCGAUAAAAAAUAAAUCAUAUUGAUCGAUAUUGAUAAUUAUCGAUAUAAUUAUUAUAAUUAUUUAACAUAUAUUUUAAUUGCAGCCCUGGAUGUUUUAUGCUAUUGCUUAAUGAAUGACCUACUUUUAAUAAAGAACACACAAGCACUGAAUUCAAAUUCAAACCUUCAUUCAACCACCUUUUUUAUUUUACCACAACUGAAAGUUUUUUUUAAAAAGAACUAAAAAAAAAAGAAAUCAACUUAAGUGGCCUGAGUGACGUCAGUAAAUACUGACAAACAUAAAGACUAAAGUGACCAGAAAAUCUGAUAAAUAAAUAUUUAAAUAGUCUUUUGAUGAAAAUAAACAAAACAAACAAAUAUAUAAAUACACAGAAUAGCUUUAGGUGGGAAUAGCAUACUACUAGUUUUAACUGUGUGGGAAACUGCCCACAGCCUGGUGUCUGAACACUGAAAUAUUUAUCCCGGGGUCAGGAGAUUUAUUUUUUUAAUUAUCAUGUGAUUGACUUAAUACACAAACUAAGCACGAGAAGCAGGACUUAUCCACCCCGGUGUUGUGUCGUAGAAUGCACCCCUGCCAAAUGCACCCCCUGCUAGUAGCCAAAAUCCAAAUACUCGCGUCUUUGUAAAAUAUGAGCUCAUUUUCUUCCACUUAAAGAAGCUAAUGAGUGGACGGGAUGCAGGGGUGCAUUCUACGGCACAACACCGGAACGUAUUUCCUCUGCACCCUUCUCACCUUUUCAACCCCUGAUCCAUUUUUAUGCCUGAAGCGCUGUGUUUGAGAAAUACUUGCGGCCGGGCAAGAGUGGCUAGAAGCUGGUCGAAGCCAGGCUUUUCAACGGUAGUUAUUGGCAGUAUGUCCCUCGCUAUGGAGCAUGUUACUGCAUGGGUGAUGUCCUUAUGCCGCUCGGACGCUUUGUCGUAUUUUGGCAAGAAACGAAGUCCAGUUUGGUCUGCUUCACAUGCUUUGUGCUGGUGCUGGCAGCGGUUCCAGAGGAUUCCUCCGACGAUGACGUGGAGCCGCGGCGCGGCAGACACAGCUCGUACUCCUGCGGGUGCGAUCGGUUUAGAUGGUAAAACAAGUUGGUUGUGUUACCAGACUUGGCUUUUACUAAUUCUCUGCAAAUUUUGCAAACGACCGCUGUUCGCUUUUUGUCAGACUUCUAAAAACCAAAACAUUGCCAUGCUGGUGAACUACUGAAACCUUUUUUCGGGACAAUGUCCUCCGCUUCUCCUUGCUGUAUCAUUUUUUCUAAUACACAUGCUGUCUGUUGUGGUUUGAUAGGGGCUGGGCUUGGUGCCGUAGCGUACCUGGGUCUGCGUUUGUGAUUGGUUGGGAGGAAGUAAUGACUGUAGUAAAAGCUACAUGAUAGGCUAUGAUGAAAAAGAAAGGGAAACUGUGUUUUUCUAUCUAACUUUUUAUCGACCCGUUUUUUUUCUAUCGCACCACACGUCUAUCGAUCGAUAUAUAUUGUUAUCGAGUUAUCGUCCAGCACUAGCCUAUGGGCAUACGAAGAUUGCCUAGCUCACCUGGGGGAUAUGCUGUUUGACCCAAGCGUCAUCACAGCGACUCUAAGCGACUCUUCUGCUGAAUGUGUACAAUGCUACCGUGCAAGUGGUGGAGUGCGUACAACGCUAUCGCGCAAUGUUGGACGUGGAGAAAAAACAUGCAAAUACCGAGAGCUUUUUGGCUUCAAAUCUGUAUACUGACGGAAGGCAGAACCAAGUUGUUCAUAGUAUAUAGAGUCUAUGGCAAAAACAUGUGCAUGAUAGCGCAAGCAAACCUGAUCUACUAACCAGGUGCACCGAGGAUUGCGUCUGUCAAAUGAGCAAAAGAGCAUGGGCAGUCGAUUUGGCGUGUUUGCCUUCAUGAAUAUGCAGAAUGUAUGUAGAUCAUCAGAAAGCACAAAAUACUGGGGGGAGCAGAUGCAAAUGAAAUCAUUUUGCACCAGCAAUGUGAUUUAUCAAAUCCUGUAAACCAAUUGCGGUUGCUGUUUUGCAUCCAUAUUUAGCAAGUUUGAAAGGCAAACUGGCACAGCAUUACGCAUGGUCAUUGUGGGGAGAAGGAGGCGGAAGAGCAAUGAUAAACGACAGAGAGAGAGAGUCUUUUGUGUGCGUGUGUCAACAUAUUUGGACUGUCAGUAAUAGUAACAAUAAUGCUGGAUGACCUAAGGGCUGAUUUGGAGCCAGUCACAAUAAUGAUCAGUGCCAUAUCUCCUAUUGAAAAACUCUCUGUAACACUGCAUUUUCCUGUGUCUGGUGGUUUUUAAAUCUAAUGUCAAACACAGAACACACGAAAGAAAUUAUCUGUUUGUCUUAUUGAUUUUAAAUAGUUUUAAUCCCUUUUUUUUGAUUUCUAAAAUAUUUUCUUGUGUCUGUAAAGCACUUUAAGUUGCCUUGUGUAUGAAUGGUGCUAGCCCACAAAUAGACCUGCCUUGCUUGCCUUUUAUGCAGUUCCCCAAAAUGAUAUGUGCAACUCCAUGGCUUCAAACCUAAUUUUUCCUCUACGACCACUCUGCUCUCACAAACUCUUCAUGUUGACAGCCGAUAGCGCACGCAAAAUCCUCUCUAGAGAGGGCAGUCCGCACCACUUUUGCACUGUUAUCAAUUACGCACGCAAUGAUAGUAGAUCACCCGCAACACGCCCACUAAUAGCACAGGCAAUUUUUUAGUUUGCACACGCAAUUUAAGGAUUUGGGAUCUUAGUAGAUCAGGCACGUUGUGUAUUGUGAUGGGAAUACUUUGCAAUUUCUGCUGAUCUGAUUCAAGACUGAAACGCUCCCUUCCUCAUUUCUCCCUGCUGUCUUUUCUCCAUGAAAGGGGACCCCUCUUACAAAGACAUAAAAAAAUAAGUCUACAUCAAUGAAAAUAAAAUGUUUUUGACAUUUAGGUAAUUAUACAUUAAGUUAAAAUCCUUACAUUGUAGUCCAUUUCUGUUCUGCUAUAUGCCAUUUAUUACUAUACACUGCAACUUAAAAAGAUAAGUUGUUUUCUUUAUGAGAGGAAAUAGUUGAUUUAAAAUGUUAAAUGUUAAAAUAUUAAUAUGAAGAAAAUGUCCAAAAGUUGGUCAUUUUGGUUUUGUGCUGAUAUUGCACUGCUGUGAGGUUAAACUCUGUCUUACACCAAACUUCCAUAAGAUAUUCUGACUGUCUCUGCUCUGGUUUGAUUUUGGCUCUGUGACCCCCUGGCCUGUCAGCAUCUGCUGGCUGCAUUUUCAGGAUAUUCAUGCACGUAGCAGCACCACUGGAUAGCUGGAGCUAAAAGACCAAAGAUUUGCUCACUAUGGUCAGUUUGUGUAGUUAUGUGAAAUAGGAUCUGGUGUUGACACAGAGUGUUUUGUUUUGAAAAUUAACCAGAUGUUUUAAUAUUGUUUCAUUGUCUGAGCUUCUGUCACCUUCAUUCUGCCCUGUGCCCUUUGAUGCACCGUGCUCCAACAUUUGUAAGAAAACAUUCACAUCUGUUCCACUGUGGCUUUGGUGGACCAGUGUUGUUUCAUAAGCCUAGUUCAGGCUACUGGCUUCAGCAGGGCAGGGUAUCCAGUCAAGAGGAUGUCAAAUUCAUGUCUUUUAUUUUGCAUUUUCUUUUGUCUUUUCAUCUGCAGGCCCGUCCCUUUGACUUUGAGGAGGGGGAUGUGUACAUGUCGUCCCAUGAGCACCGCUUCUGCAUGUUCAGCUCAGUGGAGUAUGAAGGGCAGCUGUACAUGACUCCACAGAACUUUAUUGAAUCAGUCACCAUGAGUGAACCCAGAAGUACGACACACACACACACACACACACACACACACGCAGGGUUUUAGCAGGGCAGAUAAUAGCAUAUUACAGGAGAAUCGUUCACUUGUGGAUAAAAACACCAAAAUUGGCACACAUACUCCUUAGAAGUUGCUCUUUUGAUAUUUCCGUCUGGCCAAAUGAAAAUUCAAGAUGGCGGCCAUUUUUCAAGAUGGCCACCAUUGAAAAUACAGUAAUACUGCAUUUUGCAUUAAAAUCCCAUAGACUUGUCCUAUUUUGAUGAUCUUGGUGUCAAAUCAUACAUUUUCCACUAUGCAGAAUCCAAAUUACGACCCAUGGACUUACUUACUGGCUUCCUUUUACCAUAUUUCAGUCCUGGAAUCCUAAUAUUCUGGUAUAUGAGGUUUACAUUGGCUGUUCAGACAGCAUGUGUGGCCUCACCAAAUGUGGUCAUUGUGACCAAGGAAGAUGAUGUUAUCAGCAACAGUACUAUUAAUCUGGCUGGGGUGGCACCAUGCAGUCAUGAAGAAGCUGACACCCGGAUCUUUGUGCAUGCCAGGCAUGCCACAGAAGCAGGCAGCAAAGUCAUCAUGGUCAAAGCCAACGACACAGAUGUUGUUGUCAUCGCAGUGAGUGUUCCGGGACUGAAAUAUGGGACAAGGAAGCCAGUAAGUAAGUCCAUGGGUCGAAAUUUGGAUUCUGCAUAGUGAAAAAUGUAUGAUUUGACACCAAGUUCAUCAAAAUAGGACAAGUCUAUGGGAUUUUAUUGCAAAAUGCAAUAUUACUGUAUUUUCAAUGGUGGCCAUCUUGAAAAAUGGCCGCCAUCUUGAAUUUUCAUUUGGCCAAACGGAAAUAUCAAAAGAGCAACUUCUAAGGAGUAUGUGUGCCAAUUUUGGUGCUUUUAUCCGCAAGUGAACGAUUAUUACAGUUAUCUGCCAAGCUAUUUAGGCUGUAUUAGCUGAGCGAGAUCGUGUUGGUUCCACAAAUACUGAAACUACAGGAAAGUUACAGAAUGCAGAUGUUUUAGAUCCAACAAGUGUUUAGUAAAAUGGACAUACUGAUAUGUAGUAAAGUAGUGGAAUCAUAGCGUCAAGGUAAUUAGAUAACUGUAUGUACCACCGAGCUGAAAUGACUUUAGGAGAUGGGACAAGUAGAAACUGUAACAGCCAUUAAGCCAUAAUAACUCAAGGUUUUCUGAAUGCCUUCUCACUGGUUUACUUUGGCCCAAGCCAACAGUCCUCAACUAGGUUGUGUCAUUUUUAUGUAUGAAACAUAAGCUUAUUUCAUUGUGCUGGGUGCAAAUCACUUGAGUUGAGACGUUUUCUUCAAGAAAUUUGCUACAUUUCAUAAUCUGAAUUCACUUAUUCGUAUACUAAGGCACCAAUAACUGUUUCAGAUGUUAGGUAGAUGUAUUUAUGACAUUAGAGAAAGAUUUUGUCUUGCCAGAAUCAACACAGCAGUUUCUACAAGCAAAAACAGCAGCACCAUAUAAUUGUUUUUUUUUGGGUUACUCACAUAUAUAUUUACAUUUCUGGCUGGUGACAAAAGUCGGACAGAUAGUCUGAGUAGAUAUUUUAACCCAAAGUCCAGAAGGGUAUUGUCUAUGCAAAAAUGCAUUGAACAAGUAGCACCAGCGUAGUUGAACGAAAUUCACUUUCUAGGCGGUUUUUCCUUUGUCCCAAUACAGCCUAUGACCUCGAGCGAAGUUUCUAUCACGGAGUUUCAGAUGCCGUGGACGUGGAUGCGUCGGCGAUGCUGCCUGAAGGGUUUGACUGACCUGCGGCUGCAUCACGUUCUUGUUUCUCAAACACCUUGUGCAAAUAAAUCACUGGUAGCAUGUCAUGUGAAACCCAGCAUCAUCAGGAACAUUGUCAAAGUCGAUAUCAACGCAAUGUUUAUAAGUUUCUGCAAGGUCCUUUGUCUCACCCUGUAGAGAAAGCCACUUUCUAAUACUAGUUCUGUAAGUUUCCCAACGUGGUCUUGUAAAGUCGAGAACGUCUUCACUCUGGACAGAUGAUAGGUGCAUAUAGCAUUGUUUCGUUCCUUUUUUAUGCACUUUUGAAGGCUGUUUUCUUUUUUUUCCUUUUCUUUUCUUCCUCUUCGCUUGUCUCGCUGCUAGAUGCGCUCGUCGCCAUGUUUGUGUAUUUCUGAUACUAUGACAACGAGACUCGGCUCCUAUUGGUCCACGUGACUAAAAACGCUUCACCCCCUGCAUAUUCGAUUGCACUUGUGCAAGUAUCACUACGCCGCAGAAAGGAAAUAGUUCGACACCGAAACACAGUUUUCAAAAAUCGGCUGGAUGACACGAGUAGAUAUCUUUUUUUAGUAUUUACUGACAAAAGAGCUAUUUUAUGAAUCACAGUUUUUGUUGCACCAGCAUAGUGGAACGAGAUUCACUUUCUAAGCACUUUUUCCUCUGUCCCAAUAAAGCCUAGUUGAGGACUGUUGGCUUGGGCCAAAGUAAACCAAUGAGAAGGCAUUCAGAAAACCUUGAGUUAUUAUGGCUUAAUGGCUGUUACAGUUUCUACUUGUCCCAUCUCCUAAAGUCAUUUCAGCUCGGUAGUACAUACAGUUAUCUAAUUACCUUGACGCUAUGAUUCCACUACUUUACUACAUAUCAGUAUGUCCAUUUUACUAAACACUUGUUGGAUCUAAAACAUCUGCAUUCUGUAACUUUCCUGUAGUUUCAGUAUUUGUGGUUAUACUUUGUGACAUACUUGUCUUUGUGCGUUUUAGAUAUCAAAUAAGCUAAACUACUUUGUUAAAUUGAUUUCCCAACAGUCAUGUCAAUUUUAGAUAGAAAAAAACAACCUUUUUCUUAUUAAAAAUACAUCAUGUUUUGGAGGAAGUCCUUGCUAUUUCUGUCAGCCUGCUGCCAGUGGUUGCAGAUUAGUCCAGCCUCAAAGCGGAUGGCUUUACAGCCAUUGUUUAGUCUAAGGGUUCAGACAUGUACACAUACUCACACACCUGACACACAUCCUGAAUUGUCACAUUCAGUUAUAGUAAAUCAAUGCUUUCUAGCAUUCUAUGAACCAUUAAACUAUCUAAAUUUGGUGCUUAACUUUUUAUUUUUAACAAACUGGCUAAAAUGCUCUCAUGUGUUGAGGUUAUCAAAAACAUCCAUGCAUAGACUCGGCCGUUCCUUCCUUCAGCUGGUUUGUGAUUCUAUUGCGUGCAAACUGUGCACCUGUAUGUGUGUGUUUACAUCUGCCCUGGCUCACUGACAUAUGAUACUGCCGCACAUAACCUCUCAGCAGCUGACAUCCUCUAAUGCCUCCUUUGAAGUUGAAUUAGAUGAACUUUGUUGUAUAAAACAGAACAAAAGUACUAUGUGCUUUGACAGAGACAUUCCACAUACUACAAAGACAAGCAUGGGGCACUUUAGACGCUACAAAUGGGCUUGUGAUGAUGACAGUGUAUAUACAGUGAGUGUGUCUGUGAGUUGGCGUGUGUGAUCAUGUUGUGACUGGACCUGGCACAUUAAGACCCAUUUCUAGAUCAUACAGAUGCUAUCUGACCAAGCCCACCCAAACUCUCUUCUCCUUUUCUCUCCUCCUUCUCUCCUUUUUCAUCGUGUUCCCGGCAGACAAGAGGCCCUGGAGGUCCCUGACCAAACAGGUGGGAAACACACUCUUAAUGCCUCUGUUGCUGGCAUCUGUUUCAUGUUACUUUUGUAGCAGGUCCUGUAAACCUUGCAACAUUCAAACCUUGUUUGGCAAGUAUUGCUCAGUUUUUUGUGUUGAAACAUAUAUGUUACAUGUAGCAAAAUAGAAGAUUACAGAUCUUAAUCUGAUCUAUGGACAAUAUAUGUAAAGAAAAACAAGUGGGGCUCCUGCGAAACAUUUCUGCUCUACACAGUGCAUUGAUAACUGAAUGUUGGGUCUAUAGUCUUUGGUAAAAAAAGAAAUUUACACUGCAUGAAACCUAAAUGAAAGAUGAAAUAUCAACAUAAGAUGUGAUUUUAGCAACCAUAUGUGAAACUGAGAAUACUUGUCCUGUCAAAGUUUGUACCAAUAUUAAUUUCUUCAUGAGUGGUAUAUGUGUACACUCAUCUUUCUGCCAUCUCUUUUAGAUUUUUUUCUGAUGUUUUAUUUAAUAAAAAAACACAACAGCCAAGAGCAUGUCCAGCUAUACUUGACUAGGGUGGCCAAACUGGGGCAUCGACAUAAACAUUGGUGGUUAAGAUACAAUAUCUGUGCCUUUAAUUGUGUUUACCUCUUUAUUAUCUACUUUAUGUUUCUUAUGCAGGAGUUUUUGACUUUAAAGAAAAACAACAGACCCUAACCCUAAGUCUUUUUAGCUCAAUUCUAUAAGAGUUCAAAAAGAUGUUAGUCUAAGGUCAAUAAAAUGAUAACAAUAGGGGAGAGACCAGGGCUUGUUGUCACACUUUUUACAUUCUUAUAUAUUUCUUGGAAUCAAUACACCAUAUACAAACACAAUGUGAACCAGAUGAAAGACCAAAGUCUCAGAUGUAUAUUUCGUAUUCAGGUCAUUUUCAUAUCUUGUGUCAGUGCAGAGUUAUAGGCAAUCAAAGAGAGAGUGUGAACAUGUGACAUGUUGCCCCACCAUCAGGUUAGUUGUCUCACUACACGGGGUAAGAUGUCACAGUGGAUUUUGCAGCUAAUAAAACAAGGACAAAAUUAUUGUUGUUCUCAUUUUUUUACUUGAAAGUGAACAACAGUCAGGCACAGAAAAUGUUUAUCAUUGAGAAAGAAAAAGUUGUUGGGCAUACAGUAGCCAUUGAACAAACGUUAACAUAGAAUAUUAUGCAACAUGCUCUGGAGUUUGUAGAGUUGUCUGACUGUAUUUCAGCUGGGGUGAAUGUUUUGCAGUACGAAGCCAAGGUAUGGUAAUUGACAUUAAAGUCCUUUAUUGUGCUCCAGAUUGAUUUAUAAGCUAAAGUCACCUGUCUGACUGCCCUCAGCAUCACGUCAGGUACUGCACUUCCACGUCUGUUUUUCUUUUGUAAUUCCUUACCCAUGUGAAAACAAGCCACGGUCUCCCCUAUAUAUAGAAAAUUCAUUUCCCUCAAUAUCAAUAUAAAACGUGGUCACUCUUGAUAGUCUGCAUUCUGCCAUGUUUUAGUAGAUUAUUCAAAUAGCCAAUGAAAAGGGGAGUUGCUCUGGGUCUGCUUCGUCCUGAACCAAUCAUGUGCUGAAUUAGAACCAAGUACAACUGUGUAGUAGCAGGCUGCAGCUACACACAACCAUAGCACUUUUACAUGUGAAACUGACAGCACUGUCGGUGAGAAUAAAAGAAAAUGAGUGCUACCCCCAGCAGAAAUUCAGAUAAACGCUCAACAGAUGAUGACAUCGUCAACAACACUAGCACAAAAACAUUUGUGUACUGUAAAUUAUGUCGAGUACAUGCUCUCACAAAGUCGGAGAAUACCUCAAAUCUUUUUCACCACCUGAAGCAGUGCCAUGCGGUACAGCAUGUGCAAUGCAAAAGGUUACAAACCCCAAGCAAAGCAAGGAGCCCAUGGUGCCUGUGCAGCUGAAACAAUCAACCAUUCAGUCCACUUUCUCUAGAGCAACGCCUUAUGACAAAACGUCAAAGAGACACAAAGACCUCACAGAUGCAGUAGCUAAUUGUAUUGCAAAAGACAUGCUACCAAUAAGCACUGUUAAUUUUUUUUUUAUAUUGUGAUAUAUAUUGAUAUUGACUGAUAUGAAAAAAAUAUAUUGUGAUAAACUUUUUUCCCAUAUUGCCCAGCCCUAGUCUUAGGUCACAUUCAAAGGCACCAACCAAAAAUCGCUAAAUUCAAAUUUAGUGAAAGGCGCUGCCAGCUAUUGAUGAGGGAAAUAGUCAUUCAUGACUUAGGAUGUUGCGGUGGUUAAGCAGCUUUCAAAGUGGGUAGUGCCACCUCUUGGUUUCUUACUGUACUUUUUUUCAAAUCAUUCAAACAGCCAAACUUAUGAGCUAAUCUAUAUAUAGAUGUCAUUAAAUUAUCUAAUCUUUUCUUUUACUUGAUUGUUGGGAAAAUAAAUACAUAUACAAAUUUAACCUACUUGUUAGGGUAAACUGCUUUCUGGCCCCCUUCACAUAGCAUGCUAUCCUCUUUUCCCUCUGUCUACCUCUCUUUGUCUUAUUCUUUAAAGUUAAAAGACUUGUAGCUCUGCUGUGUAUGUUUGAUAACUCACUUUAAAAUUUUACAUUUUUGUGUAUGUUUGUCAGGAGCUGGAAAAGAUUUUGGCAGAUACUCCCCCUGUAUGGAGAGGAUCCUCUAAACUGUUCCGCAACCUGAGAGAGAGAGGUCAGAGACAGUUGUCGUCCUGAGGGCAUACCUGCUGAUGUGUGACCAAAUUGUGCUUGUGAGCAAGUGUGUGUACCACUGUAGGUGUCUCUAAUCUGAGGUUGGAGCCAUGCUGUCCCUCCUAUCAGCCAAACAACCUGCUGAAAAGGCUAAAAAUAAACCUCCUCUCCUCUCCUCUCCUCUCCUCUCCUCCUCUUUUUUUGCAUAUGGAAAAAAACAAACUUUAUGGUGCUGGAAAGAGAGAGAGAAGGAGCUUUCCUUCAUUAAGGCAUUAUCAACACAACCAGGAAGCUAGUCCUUGUAAUGAUAGUUACUCAUAGUUACAUGCACAUGCAGGAUAUAUUUUCUCUUUAUUUAAGUGUAUGUAAAAAGAUGUUUUUUUUCUAUGACUGUGUUGAAUUGACACCAGUAGUUAAAGCAUUACCUUCGUCUACUGUAUUAACCAGAGUGGUGCAGUGAAAAAGGGGAAGAGAAAGACAGGAAAAAGAACAGACAUCAGGCAAAUUAGACUAAAAGCACAGCAACUCAAAGAAAGGUGAGGUGAUGCAGAAAAGAUGGCAAAACAAAAUAAGUGAAAAGAAUUCAUAUUCACAAAAAUAGGAAAAGGUAAAAUAAAGAAAAAAAGAGCAAAGUUUAAGACGGAAAAUCUAUCCUGGCUCUUAAAGAAUACAGUGUAUUUCUAUAUGCUGCAUGUCUGUUCAGAGAAUGGUUGGCAUAUUGCCAAGACCACACACACACACACGUACGCACGCACGCACACACACACACACACACACACACACACACACGCACACACACACGCAUGCGCACGCACACACAAACAUAUACCCUGAAAGCAUGCGGUAGUUUCUCUUACAAUUAAUUUUCACUCAGUUUUCCUACAAUGUGUGACUAUUUUGUAGAAAUUUGGAUGUGUGUGUGUGUGUGUGUGUGUGUGUGUGUGUGUUCGCACGCCCAUGCAUGCAUUUGUGAGUCUGCUGAUGUCAGGACAUGCUCUUGUCUUCAUGCCAUGAUGAGCGAGGACAGUUAAAAUCCUUGGGAUGGCUUUGGAUUUCUGAGAAUGAAAGAGGAAUGCAUCGUGCUGCCAGAACAUUGUUGACUUUGUGUGUUUCUGUGUGUUUUGUCUGUGUAUGACAUUGGUUGGGUCACAUUUACUAUAUUUCCCAAUAUUUGUUGAUAUCUGCCACUAUUUGUGUUGAUGCAGCAAUAAGAAUAUUGCUAUAUUUCUAACAUUCAUGGUACAUGUUAUUACAUUCAUAUUUAUAAUGGUUUGUUUUGAGGUUUUUUGCUUAAUUUGCCUGAAACGGAUCACCAAUCGGGUGCCCAAGACAAAUAGAUUAACAGCUAAAAGUAUAUUAAAUAAAUCUUUCUUAAAACUGUCAUUGACUGAUAGCAUUCUGCAAAAACACAUUUUUCCAGUCGUAUGUCAAUAAAUGUGUGUAAAUGUAAAUAUGCCAAGUGUAUUAGGGAAACCUGAGUAGUGUCAAAGUGUAUCUCCUGGUCUCUGCAAAGCUCGGGCUACAUGGUGAAAAGAGAAUUCAGUUCCAAACCAGCUCCUCUGCACAAAGCAGCUGAGCAUCAGGGAAACACAAGGCUCACACUGGCCUUAACUGGUAUCAUGUUCCCCUACACACACAUACACACACACAUGGGAAAGCAGUCUCCCGUAACACUCAAGCGAGUCACCCUGAACUAUCUGAGCGAUCAGACAGAAAGCGAAACAGAGAGAGAGAGGGAUGAGCGUGAGCUACAAAGAUUCCUAAAUGGGCCUGAGGCAAGAGAGGAUCAUCUCCUGAAACAUUUUUCACUUGCUUAUCCAAACACAGACACAGACACACACGCGCGCACUCACACACACACACAUGCACAUGCAUGCGCACACACACAUUCACACACACAUACACACAGCCACACCAGCCGCUGUCUUUACUUUGGACACUUGGGGUGUAGAAAAAGAAACGGUGUGUGGCCAAAUUGCUGUUGGCGGCUUAGCUUGAGAAGACACAUUUUAAGAUGCUAUCUUCAUGAAAGGAAGGAUUAUCUGUGAGAGUGUGUGUCAGGAGGCCCACACUCUUUGAACAUCUGUAAACAUUGUGGGUGUGUGUGUUGAAUGUGACCUUUUCCUUAACUCUCCUUGUCUUGGUUCUAUUACAGGCAUCAUCUCAUACACAGAAUACCUGUUCCUGCUCUGCAUCCUGACAAGUAUGUCAUCUCAGUCCCUCUAAACAACCUCAAUCCCUUUGCCCCUGUUUUACUUUAUUAUUCUAUUGGUCAAAUUUCACUGUAGCACUACCCUUAAUUUAAACUAGUUUAGCUAAGGCAUGUGAAAUAAACUUUGGCCCACCCAGAACCUAACAAGAGGCAAUUAUGACUGCUGGGUUUUCCCUACCCCUUGGGGUGAUACAAAAAGUUAAGAGAAGAAAGAAAUAGAAAGAAAAGAACACGGCUGCUUAUACUCUCAAAACUGAAACCUAGACAGGCAUGUGAGGCUUAACUGUUCAACUUAACAAGUGAAAAUCACUGUCAGCCAGCCUUUAAUAACCAUGUUUUACUACACUGCGUAAUAGAAAGUUUUCCAUUUCAGGUCUAAAAUGUUUGACUGUCUGUUGCUUUCAUGCCUAAAAUUACUCUUCUCUUUUUGAGAAACUGACAGAGAGCCAAACUCUGUGAAUGCUUCAUGUCAUCUUCUCCUUUUUACUACCAUGGAAGUCUGUUUUUGUUCACAUCUAAGGGAAGAGAAUCUAUUUAACAUGAAAUUUAACAUGAAAUAUUGAUUAAUGAAAGGUUUCUUUGACUGCUGUUUGAGCAAUGUAACUUUCAAUUAACUGCAUAGUACAAAAGUAAUAAAUCCAAUUUUUUAAACAAUAUACAAGCACUUAUCCCUCUCUAACGUAGAGUUUCAAUGCUUAAGCUAGAUAAAAUCUAAAUGAAAACUGUAUCUAAAGUCUGGGGAAAAUGGGCAGUUUUUUUUAAAUGUCUUUUAUUUUGUGUGUAUGUGAAAAGAUAUUUGUGCCUCCUGCUCUGCUCUUUUAAAAUACAUUUGCCAAAGCUUAAUUUAGUUAGGUAAAUUAGCAAUUUCUGAUCACAAAGAAAACGGUUUGAGUGUUGCAAUAAAACUGCAGACAUAAACAGUUGUUUAUAAAGUGUGUAUAGGUUCACCUUCUCUUGUCCUGCCUUUUAGCCACUUCAUUUUCAUGCUACGUAAUAUUUAUAACCGUCUUUAAAAUACAAAUAUGCAAGCUAACUCGCUUAAAAUAUGACGCUACAUUCACCCUGUGUGCUCCCCUCUCUAUCCUCCAGAGCCCCACGCUGGCUUUAAGAUUGCUUUCAACAUGUUUGAUGCAGACGGCAACCAGAUGGUGGACAAGAGGGAGUUCAUGGUGGUGGGUCUCGAAUACCAAGACAAAAAUCCAUCCCAUUAUUUUACUUAUCUGUUUAUGACUAACAUUGACUUCGACUGGUCCCAUAUACACAUUUUUAACGCUCAGUGUGAAUGUGAAGUCAUUUUGAGAGUGCAGGAUGCUUUUUUUAUAAUGUACCUUAAAUUUGACCGCUUUAUUCUCAAACUAUUAUUAAUGUUGUUGUUAUUAUUGUUGUGUUUAAAGGUUUUUGCUCCCUGUGCUCUUUUGAACACCUGACUAACCUAUACUAGUAACCUAGUAUGAUUCUGUCAAAUUAAAGGGCUUACAUAGGUCUUACUUUCUCUGUUGCUUUUCUUAUGGAUUCGUAUUUUAAGAGCUAUAAAUGUGGUGUUUGAUCAUUGGUUAAAAUUAAUGAUCAAAAAUAUCUUGUUACCGUCUAAAGUGCUGUAUGUAUGCUGCAGUUAAAGAAAUAGUCCAGGGCAAUACCAUGCGAAAAAAGGUAAAAACAAAGACAACUUAUACAGAAAAGUACAGUGAAGCACUGACUCCUUUUACAUUUCACUUACAGAUGUCUUCCUCAUAUGAAUAAACAUUGAUUCAUGUGUCUUUACCAGUCAUUGAAAGGCAAACCAGAAGGCCAACUCUCUCAUAGUCAUGUUUACAAAAAGCCAGUAGCUGAAUCACUUCAGAGACCAUCAGGAAAGAAUAAAUGACCUUGAAACUAAAAAAUUAAAGCUUAAAACAGAACUUUAAACUUUUAGUGAGAGCCUGGUUCUUUCUCUUGUUACAGCUUCAGGAGAUCUUCCGGAAGAAAAAUGAGAAGAAGGGAAGGAAAGGAGAUGCUGAGAAGUCUGCGCAGUUGGUAAGAAAGUUGGUAACAGAGGCUGAUGAUUUGUGAAUGUCACAGGUAUAUGUUUUGAUAAGAAAUAGUACCUUCACAAGAUACCCCCUGCAUAGCUAAUAGUAAGGUGACCAUGAACUGAAGUCCGACUGGACAUGGACUCCAGUAAUGCUGCUAUUAUCAAUUUGGUAAAAGUGAAACACAAAGAAGCAAAACAUUCUUUGUAUCAACAAGAAAGGGUUAAUAAGACAGUGACAUUCUUUUCUAUUUUUGAAUAACAUUUCCGUACAUCCAUAGGUAUGAUGUGGCACAACAUCUCUCCCCCCAAGACCUUUGUGAAAUAACUGAAGGUCUGAAGAGAGAGAUGUGCCAAACUGUACAUGUGGGAAACAUCAUCAUCCAAGUUACUCAUCCUGUGUAUUUAAACAGGUUUCAAAUUUACUCAGUGCAUGCAGCCUGAUAUUAUCAGUUAUUACAAAGUAACAUCUCAUCAGUUUUUACUGUGAAAGUUUACCUUUGUUUGUAUUUGUCAGGUUGGAUAUACGCUUUUAAGAAUUUGUGCUUUUCAUCCCUACUAUGAUUAGAUUAAACACAGCACAGGUAACUGUCCUUUUGCAGAGUUGAUGUAAGCAGGCUUGAUUGCUUCUAGAAAGUCGUUUAAAUGCAUUUAUCUAAUGUUUAUUUUGCGCAUGUUAACAUAAGUUUGAACAAGAACCAGUCAGGCUGUAGAAAUAUCUGCUUCAGCAUAUUCUUUGGUUAUAAGCUGUCUCUUACACCUUUAUAGAGAAGGCUUCCUUUAUUGAUGAAAAAAGAGCCUGGGAAAAAAUGUGGUUUUGUCAUUUUAUCACAUAAAAUAUGUUUUUGUAGAGACUUUUCCUUUAAUUCUUCAACUCCCAAAGUUAUCACAGUUUUUCAGUUUUUAAGAAGUCACUAAUGAAUGGUUACUUGUUCAGAUGUUCACCAUCUUUUGUCUGUAGAUAGCAACCCUUUCUCAAAAUGAGCACUGAUGAGCUGGCAACCUCAAAAUUAGAUUUUAUUCCCACGCUGAAACAUGUCAUUAGGGAUUUUAAAAGCCUUAAUGAGCUAAUAUAUCAACUAUAAAAUCUCACAGUGAGAUACUGUUAAACCUUGUGAUUACAUCUUUUAGUAAAGUGGUAAUUUGUGCGUUUGUUACUCUAAGCGAGCUCUAAGUCUUGUUGAUCUGUUGAACUAAAGCUGUGAGUUCACUAGAACUGCUCUUGAUUAAAAGAAUGAAAAUGAAAUAAAGGAAAGGUAAACUAUAAAGGGGACAGAUUUGUUACUUUUCUGUUCACUCUUGCACAAGUCAUUGCUGGGAAGUGCGGUAUAAUUUAGGACACGUGUUGUUGUAAAAUGUAAUCAUAGCCGUGUUGAAAAUCACACAUCCCUCUGCAGAGUGUAUCCACUGCCUCUUUCCUUGCAUGUACUAACAUGUCUUUUACUUCUCUCCUCCUUCUCUCUAAACGCAUGCUCUGUGCUCCUCUUUCUUUCUCUCCCUGUCUCUCUCUCUCGCUCUAUCUCCUUCGUCUCUGUGUAUGUUAGAGUAUGCAGCUCUAUGGAUAUCAGGUUGCCCCCAUGAACAGCGUAUGUAUCCAAAACCACAACCCCGUAGUCUUCUGUCUGCUCUGCUGUAGUUGGUUCAAGAAAUGAAUGGAAAGAUGAACAGAGAAUGAGGUGUUACUACUUGCUACAUGGCCAGGAAGGCAGAAUUCAUGACACUAUGAUAAGAUAACUGUAGUCGCACAGUGAGGACUUCAAAGAGGAAGUGGGGUGGAGUUUGAGUAUUUUACGAACAGCAUUUCAGUUUCUAAUAAUGCCAGUCUAGAUAAAAAAGAGAUUGAUAGUGUGCAUUUCUUAAUGCAGAGAAACAUAAAUAAAAGGAUGUUACCUCUGUAUUUGUAUGUUUUCUGGCUAAGUUAAUUCAGCAGAUCAAUAACCUGUCUGUGAAAAACGGGACAGGUUAGCCUUUCUUAGCCUAAAAGCAGGAGGCAGGGCAAAACUAGUUUUGCUCAUGAAGGUUAAUCAGUCUCUGUAAGCACCUUUGAAUCUCACUGGUUAACCCAUUCAUCCUGUUUAUUAAACUUCGGACAGAACUAGCCUGUUGCAGGUCUUAAUGCUAGGCUAGCCAUGACUUAAUUAAAAAACCACAGUUACCGCACAGACAUCCCACAUCCCAGUAAGUCAGAAAUGUUGAUUUUUGUUCUGUUUAGCCCUUUAUACUUACAAAAUUAGAUCUAACAGCAGAUAGAAGUUGUGUAAAGAAAAGAUUGAGCAGUUAAUAGUUGGAGAUAAACAGACAUUUAUAAGAAUAUUGAGAUUCUUCAAGUCCUGCUGGUUGUAAAUAUUGAUAAUGCCGUGAUACAGGGACUCUAUUUCAAUGCCCCUGUCACCCACUGUUGUUUCCUGACCCAGCCUUUCAGGGCGCCUUAACCCUGACCUGGUCCACCUGAUCCUCUGUUGUCAGUACAAUGUGCAGUGUAGCCUCCCUGAAAAGAUAAACGGAUAAAAAGAAUUGAGAGGAAUAGAGAACGACUUCCUAAAAGACAGGGUGUCCAUCUGUCGGGUCAACUGAGUAAUUGAUCAAGGGAUGAUGGCACAACGGAGGAAAGGAUGAAAGGAGAGGUAGAAGGCAGAAGAGGAGUAAAAGAUUUUAAGGGUCAGGAGAGAUGAACUCCUGCAAAUAAAGAGUGAUGUGAUUUAGAAAGACUAAAGCAAUCAGACCGUUUAUUUUGAAAUGUUUUUUUCUUGCAGUGAGUGUGCUCCUAAUGGAGGCAUUUUUUUUCCAUCAAAGUAGAUAUUAAAAGAUCUGAAGGCCUAAAUUACACAAUUGAAAGUUGCUCUUCUUGUGUGAGCACAUUCGCGGUAUGUGAAAGCAAGCAGGUCACAGUGGGUUGAGUGGAACACGAUCAGAAAAUUCCUGAUUGUGUUAAUGAGAGUAUUUUUUCUCUUGUAUUCAAACAUUACAAACUUUCUUUGUUCUCAGUCUGUCAAAGAGAAAAGCCUUAUUCAGUUCAGAUCACUUGAUUGCCCCCUAUAAGAUGAAGAAUAGAUAUUGAAACUGAAUCAAAAUUAUAGAAAGCAUAAGACAUUAACAGUGAAUGGUGAAGACAAACAUUUUUGAAGGUCCCUUUUGUCACUGAUUUCUUAGUGAGACACUGUUAAAAAUGCAGCAGAAGUUUGCAAACCCUGAAUUGUAAUAAAUAUUUUUUUUAAUGAGGAUGGGGUUCAAUGUACCAAAAAAAUGCCAGACAGAUUUAUAUGUAGCCUCAGAGACAGUCCCCUCCUCCCCCGUUAUGCACACACACACACACACACACACACACACACACACACACACACCCUGUCAGUGUUGUGAUGGAUAGCUGCAUUGUCACUGUGAAGUUAAGAGCGGUGCAGGGUCAUGUUAAAAUGGCUGCUGUGGCAUUGUCCCCUGAGAGCAGGACGAGGUGGGUGGUCAGGAGCUCCUCAACACUGUAGUUGUUUUUCACAAUCAAAGACUGCAGUCUUAGGAAACCAGCUUUUUGUGUUUCAUUUGGACAGAGAUCUAUUUCUUAUUUGAGUAUUAAAGAAAGUUUGGCUGGUAGAAUAGUGUUUUUUCCUCAGAGAUUAUUUUGCGAUAGGUGUGGUGUUAUUAUGAUUUUGCCAGUGUUUGCUGUUGAUUCAGUAUCAAGGCAAAAUAACCAAUGCUAGCAGAGAUGAUUCAAGGAACAGGGUGCAGCAAAACCGCUGUAGGACAUUGGGUCUUUUCUUCCCCCUUGUUAUAUAAUAAUCAAGUUUAUGCUCUGUUAAUUGAAAAAAAUCCGUACAGAGGGUUUCAUGAAGUAUCAAAUCAGCGUAAUCUCUGUAUGAUUAAUGAUUUAUGAAUGUUGUGUGAAGCUCUUGUGAGUAAUACCGUAACAUACUCUGGCAAAAAAGAGUGACUUUAAAGAAGCAGUUUUGAUUUUGUGUGUAUGAAGCGAGAAUUAAAGAUUGACGAUUACUUCUUCAAAUGGUUGAGUCGGAGGUGAACUGACCUCGACCCUGCUUGACCGCUCCUACAGGUGCUAAAAAAAGACAGUCAAGAGUUUGUGGCUCGGAGUUACUGGGACGUUCUGAGACGUGGGGCCAGUCAAGUCCUCUUUUCGGACCUGGCGGAGGUACAUAAACCCAAAUGUUCUCUGUCACUACAUCCCAUCCCAUAUUCCGUCAUUCACUCCUUUUCUUUAGGUCCCUGUAGUGAUAGCUGAUCCUUUAACUUAUCCCAAAGAUUCAGAGAACUGUUGCUGCAUCAUGCUUGGCUAGAAUACGAAAAGAAGAUCUACAUUGGCCAUUUACUAAAUGCUUAAAAUUACGUAAAGAUUGAUUUUUGAUAUUUAGCUUUUAAAGAAAACAGUCAAUCAAAACAUUUGAUUAUCUGCCCUUGUUCUGGUUUGGCUUGAUGCAGUAAAUUUAUUUCGACCAUAGCAGUUUUUUUCUUUGUUGUUCCUUUUUUUAAAGCUUCAAUGUACCUGAAUUUGUAAGUUUCAGCAUGUCUUCUGUGUCUGAACUGUAGAAUACAUAAAUGGCCAACAUCCAUUUUUAAAUUUCAUUUCCUGUAUGAAGUCAUUUCUAUCAGAAUAAGCUCUAAAAUAUCUCCUUGUUAUGAACACAAUGUGACACCCUUGUGCAGGUUUUGGAAAAUGUUGAGUCUCCUCCACCAAGUGUCUUCAUUGUUUCAUUGUCUCACCCUCUUGUUUCAUUCAAACAAAUAUGACAUGAGUGGUUAUUAUACAGAAAUUAUCCUUCUGUACUGUUGUCACAGCAGUGAUUCAGUAUGCUGUUUUGAUGAUCAGUCAUGUUUGCUAACCUGUUCUGUUUCUCAUGUGCCACCUGUCAUUUAGUCUCUUCAUGGUGCUGUUGUAUGCGUAUCUGUGACUUGUUAUCUGUACUGUCUUGUGGCUCGUGUUGUAGCUUUGGUGUCAAAUCACUGUCAGUCUGCACCACAACAUGUUUAAUGACACAGGUAGAAUGAUAACAAGGCUGGCUGCAGAGUACAUAGAAAAAUCUGAUCAUAAAAGCAGCACACACUUACACCGAAUCACUAAGAUUUGUUCUAUUUGAAUACAGGAAUAUCUUUAAAUAUCAUAUCCUAGCCAUAUUAUGCAGAUGUUUGUAAUGUCUUUUUUAAGUGCAUCAGGAUGCUAACAUUUGAAAAUGAGCUCUAAACACAAAAGGAAGUGUGGCUGAGGCUGUUGAGAAUAUUAAUCUUUCCAGAGGACCAAGAAGUUUGGCUUAUUGGUCACAUUUUCAUCACUAAGUUCAUCUACAGCUUAGGUUGUUUUCCUGAGAAGUCUUGUGGGCUUCAUACGUCUUUCAUGAUUAAUAGCAAGAGCUAACAGUGCUAGCAGGCUAGCUGAGUAAUGACAGGCUCUGAACCGUGGUGGCAGCGGAAGCUGAGGUGGAGGUAAUGACAGUGGAGGGUAAUGGGCCUGACCUUGUACUUAGACCGAACAGCCUUUCAUCUGCUGAGAUGUCAGACGGACAGAACAGACAAAUCAGAUGGAGCGGGGAGGGCAGGGAAGUAGGGAAUAAAAGGAAGAAUAUCAUUCAAAGUGUGAGAGAUUCAGCGGUAUGUAACAAAUUCGAUUAAACUAAAGACCAUAGACAGGAAACAGAAACACACAUGAAAGGAAGCGAAGCAGAGGCGAGGAGCCAUUAUCAGAUAAGUUAUAAACCUGAGGGGGAAAUUGAGAUACAAUCAGAGACAACAAACAUGUGAGAAGAUGACACAGGCCAGCAAAAAGAACAAAUGUCGAGGGACAAAGUGGGUGGGGAGAGUGGUAGUUUGGGAAAUACAUUGAGGGGAAAAGAGAGAGGCAGGUUGCAUUCAGAGAGAGAUGUGUUUACUCAACAGAUUAGUCACCAUUAUACCUCUUUGCUUUUGUCUGUAGAAAGGGGGGCUGACUGACAGGCUGAGAGGGAGGGAGGGCGGGAAGCAAGGAGCAAUUCACCUGUGUGUUUGACAGGUGAAGGAGGUAACGACGGGUUAGAUCAGGAGAAAGGAACCAGAGAAAUCAGAGUAGGGGCAGAAAGACAUGAUAGGGGAGAGGGGGGCAAAUAAAGAGAGUAAGGUGGGGAAAAAAAGGUAAACAAGUCAUGGGAAGGGACAGGAAAGGUCAGUUGAUUUUCCUCUAAAUGGUAUGAGUGAUUGACGCUCGACCGAAGAGCAACAAUGAGCUCUUCCUCUGAGGUAUUACUCACAAAGAGGGAGGGUGAGGAAGACCAUUUAGUGUUUGCAUCAGUAAUGACUGUUUUUACCUUCAGCUUUGUGAUCAAAGUCUGUUGAAGCUCACGCACACACAGAUGGACAAUUAGACACAUGCUGACACCAGGUGUUGGCUCAUGCAUGAUGGGCGUGGUACACAUGACGUCUUUGCAGGGAUGAUGAGCUCACAGAGUCGUUGCCACACUUCCAGGAAUGAUGAGCUUGUUGUGAUGACUUUGAAAUUACGUCGGCUUGAAAUGAUUCUCUAUGGCUCGUGUCAAAUCUUACAAUUUAUUGUGUCUUUAGACGUCAUUCAUAGAAGUUAAGUCUUAUUGGUAAAAUGCUGUAAAAAUUCAAAACCAUCAAUAACUAGUGAGAGACCACUGUCGUAGAUGGGAUUUUAGUUAAUCCAGUCCACUUUCUUUAUCUAGCACAUUUUCAAAACAUUCAAGUUUACCAAAGUGCUGCACAGUAAAAUCAAAUCAUUCAUUGUCAACAGUUAUUAAUGUCCUGUCAGUAUGAAUGAUGAUAGGUUAUUAGUUGUAACAACAUAACUCAGUUUUAAACUGCUAUAAUCUGGGUUGCCAUUUUGGCGAGGAGUCUUUGAAGAGAAGAACAAGAGGCUUGACUGCUGCACCUAACUUUUUUCUGUUUAAAUGCUGCCCAUGACACCUUAAUCAUGUGUUUUUAUAUCUAUGCAGCAUUUACUAUUUGUUUGAAUGCCGACAAACAGCAAUGAAAAUCACGUAAUGCAGCUUCUCAUUACUUUUCCAUCCAUUUAUAAUGGUGAUGACAUUAGAAUACAACAGAUCCUCACAUAUUUUAAUUUACUCAUUUUAAAAAUUUCCCACGGCUCACAGCAUCCAGUUCUCAACGGCUUAAUAACUUUAUUUAUACAGUCAAUCAAUAUGAGUACUGAAGUUUCUUCACAUUUUUGCCUACUUUUACUUUAUUCUCUGUUUUAUAAAUCAUCUUAUCCAAAUUUAAAUCUACAAAUUUGGAACAACUGAUAAGUUAUUGUUACAUUGAUAAUAAUAAUUAUGUGGAAUAAUCAAUAUGGAUUUACAGAACAUGAACAAAAGGAUUGAUUUUGGCUGUCUUUGUAAGCUUUUUUAUCACUCCUAUCUCCAGACAAGCAAAAACAGGAGAAGAAACCACAAAUACCUGGUUUUUAUGGUGUUAGAAGGAGAGAGUGGCAGAGACACAACACCUGGACAGUGUCUGAACAGAUCAUGGGUCAUAAAGGCAUAAGUCCUGCGUCACCUUCAUGAUUAAAGAACCAAAGUAUGCUUGUCCUCAAACAAAUGACACACUGACAACAAGACACUGAAAUUAAGUCUGUAAUUGUUUCCUUGUGUUUGGUCUUUUGAUGCCCUCCUUGGUUCCUAAUCAUCAAGCAGACUGAAAACUGAAAAAACAGAAACUGUCCAGACAAAAAAUAGGGUUUACUUCAUUUGUGUCGUGGAGGACAGUUUUAUCUUUUCUCUUACCACAUUGAUUGAAUUAAAAGGGGCAUCAACUCCAGAGAUUCUGUUUGGAAAUUAAGUUUACUUCUUCAUCAUGCAGUUGUCAAUAUUACUUUUCCUUUACUGGUCAUCCUAGUGGUUCUCUUUCUCUCUUUAUCAAUACAUUCAUUUACUGCUCAAUCAUUUUAUUUGUGUUUCUUUCCACUUUCUACUACCUUAGACAAAUAUUCUCGUGACCCACUCUGAGAUAAUGUAACAAAAAGGAGGAGCCACUGAUCUGUCCUGCACUAAACAUUGUUUAAACAAAUGAUGGUCUCGUAUAUGAACAAAGAUUGUCUUCACACCUCAGUUGAAGUCAUCUGCUUGUUCUUGAUAGAAGGAUUACACAAAUUUGUAUCCCCAAAAAGAAAGAGCACAGCAUUUGUUGAAGCGUUGAUCUGUCUUGCUCUCACACUUGUCAAUCUUUUUAUUGUUGCUUUUGUAAGUGUGUAUGAUCUUGUUUGACAUGUUCUUUCCAUCUCACAUUGGCUUUUAGGAUUUUACUCUUGAGGUAGAACCACGAACUGCAUCGUGGUCUUGAUGAUGGUGAUGAUGAUGAUGAUGAUGGAACUGGCCUUAUUGCUCCUUCUCCUUAAAAUGACAUUAGAUUCCACUUAAUCUGAUGUCUGCACUUGCCUCAGCAUGGCCUUGGAUUGGACAGGGAGAUGGCUGAGGGGGGCAUGGUGUGACAAAGGACAAAAGAUGGGUGGUGUGCCCCAAAUAUGCUGACACAGCACGAAAAAAGCAGUCACCUUUUUCUGAUGUUUGACAAAUAAAAUACAAGCCACAGACCUUAAAUAAACAUGGACUUACUCUCAGUUUUAUUGCACAUUAAUUCUUGACAAGGUGUCAUCAUAUUAGAAAUGAUGACUACUGCAAAAUGCAGCAAAGGGUAAAGUUGUGGCCGAAGUCAAGCUGCCUAGCAGCAUGCCUAACUGUCAGUCAUCAGCCAUUCCCUUAAAUAUGUGUUUAAGGGAAAUAUGUGUUUUAACCAAAACAGAUGAAAGGAUUAACCCCUUGACAGGUUUAAGAAAACAGAAAUGAGCUUUAAAUGAACUUUUUUAUUUUUUAUUUUAGUCUUAGCACUAAGAUCGCAAAGCUUCUUAAAUGACUCAAAUCAAUCACACACUUGUUAUGUUUGGAGGAAAAGACAGACAGAAAACAUUUCAAGAAUAUUCACUCCAAGUAAAUAACAUUAAAAAAGACCAUACAAAGUAAGAACCACAGUUCUCUGUUAACAGAAAUAGGUGAAAUCAGCCCAUAGUCUGCAUCUGUUCCUUUGUGGGUUUAUUUUCUCACACUGCUGUUUGUGAUUUAAGAUUUUGUUGAGGUGCGUCAAUGUGGCAUUGGCAGAGAAAUGCAUGGGAUGCAGUUGCAUUAAUGUCUCUGUGUGUUUUUGCAGCCAAGUGUUGUGUGUUA